GCCUCAUCGCCAUUCACCCUCAAUGCGCGAACCCUUGGCGCACUAGCCGCUUGCAGAAGGUAUCCACGUGCGAGACGUCGACAUCUGAGAGGACAGAUGCAUACUUCGAUCUAUAACGAACACCUUGCAUGACAUUGGCAUUCUGAUCUCCGCUUUCGCAUUUGUAGCUUUGCCUUGUAGCAUUGCGCAACUUGGAGCCGACGGGAUGGCGCCCAAGACAUUAGAACAAGUCCUCGAACUCCGACAAAUAGAUCAAGAUGUAUUCGAAACCCAGCAAUACCCCAUCUGGUCCUGGCCAGGCAGCAAAGUCUUCCCCGGCGGAACGCUCAUGGCCCAAGCAUCCGCCGCGGCCUUCGAAACCGUCUCCUCCGACUUUGCAAUAGACACUGUGCAAGCUUACUUUCUGGCUGGCACGAAUCCGGACAUUCCGGUAGUGCAUCGAGUAAAGCGACUAAGCGACGGCGGUCGCUUCGUCACGAGAGUCAUCACCGCCGAGCAGAAGGGGGGAGUGAUGGGGCACAUAACAUGCAGUUUUGUGCGGUACGCUGCCUUGGAUGGACGGUCUAUGGUACACUCUGUGCAGCGGCAAGGGAAGCAGACGAUCGACUCGAUCACACUGGACGAUCUAGAAAUUGGACGCAACGAAUAUGGACCGUAUAUGAAGUUUCAACGCCUCCCGUUAGAAGGCGUUGGAGCUUCGCCAACAGUCGGCCGAACUAGCCCUGCUUCGACUCUGUACACCUCUGUAGCGGCAAUAUCGCCCGAAAUCACCACCUCCUCAUCCCGCCUCCACGCCCUUGGAAUCAUCGCUCUCUCAGACUACCACAUCCUCGAUGCCGCCCCAACGCUACACAACCACUCCUUCGGCCUCCCCCGGAUCAACGACAGCGCACGAAAGCCAACAGACCAGGACUUCAAAAUGUACACUUCGCUGAACCACACUGUGCAUUUUCGGCGGCACGAUGGAUUUCGUGCGGACGACCAGUGUUAUAUUGAGGUUACUUCGCCGUGGGCGGAUAGGCGACGGGCGGAGAUGCAGAGCCGGAUUUUUGAUCGUAGGGGAGAGUUGAUUGCGAGUUGUGUGCAGGAGGCGUAUUAUGUUUUGAAGGAGGGGGAGGCGAAGACGAAAUUAUAG